AUGCAGCCGUGGAGAGCAAAUACACCAUCCAUCCCAAACCCCACGGGGUCCGAUGGAGCACCCUCACAGCACCAGCAAUCGGCACGGGACUCAGAGACGCAGUGCCAGCAGCAGCUGGAACAGUACGGUAGCAGCAGUACUACCAGUGACAGCAGCAGUAAUAGUAGCAGUAACAGCAGUAGUAGUCAUAGUAGUAGCAGCAGGAGUAAUAGUAGCAGCAGUAGCAGUAUUAGUAUUAGCAGUAGCAGUAGUAGUAGUAGUAGUAGCAGUGAUGGUAACAGUAGUAAUAGUAGCAGCAGUAGCAGUAAUAUCAGUAGCAACAGUAGCAGUAUUAGCAUUAGCAGUAGCAGUAGUGGUAGUAGCAGUGAUGGUAGCAGUAGUAAUGGUAGCAGCAGUAGCAGUAUUAUUACUAGCAGUAGCAGUAGUUGUAUCAGUAGCAAUAAUAGCAGUAAUAGCAGCAGUAUUAGUAGUGGCAGUAGCAGUAUUAAUAUCAACAGUAGCAGUAGUAGCAGCAAUAAUAGCAGCAGCAGUAUUAGUAUCCACAGUAGCAAUUGUAGUAGCAGCAGUAGUAAUAGCAGCAGUAGUAGCAGUGGUAGUAGCAGCAGUAUUAGUAGUAGCAACAGUAUUAGUAUUAACAAUAGCAAUAGUAGUAGCGGCAGCAGUAUUAGUAUGAACAGUAGCAAUAGUGGUAGCAACGGUAGCAGUAUUAACAUUAACAGUAGUGGUAGCAGUGGCAACAGUAAUAAUAGCAGUAGUAGUAGCAGUGGCAGUAGCAGCAGUAUUAGUAGUAGCAACAGCAGCAGUAUUAGUAUUAACAGUGGCAGUAGUAGCAGCAGCAGUGGUAGCAGCAGUAUUAGUAUUAACAGUAGUAGUAGUAGCGACAGUAGCAGUAUUAAUAUUAACAGUGGUAGUAGUAGCAACAGUAGUAAUAGCAGGAGGAGGAGGAGGAGGAGUAGCAGUAGUAUUAACAGUGGCAGCAUAGUCGCAGCAGCAGCCGCCGCCACCAUCACUCAGGCCCCACUAGAGCCAGGCCACUGUUCGACGCACCUGGCCGGCACCCACCCAGUCGUGCCGGCGCCUGUGGCAUGA